AUGGCUACGCUUCUGUUGUUGCGUUCUGCGGUCAUUCUUCACGUCUAUCUCACCAUUGAGAACCACUCCAACACCCAAGAACCUACAAAGAAUGAGUCCGGCGUCUCAACCACGACUCAAGCUGGUGCAGAUGCCAGGCAGGCCUCGGCGAUCCGUGGCGUGCAACCAUUGCCGGGCAAAGAAGAUUCGCUGUACGGUUGCAAUCUGUAA